AUGGCUACUCAUCAUUUUACUCGUUUCUGGACCCAUACCGUGAUAUCUGCCUCGCACGCGGAUCCGUCUAUACUUCAUGCAAUGCUGGCGCUCUCUGGAGUCUGCAGAGUGUACCAGGAGGGUUUACCAACGCUUCCGAGUGGAGAUCGAAACACCUUCAUGAUUCCAGUAUGGGCGCACUAUGGCAAAGCUAUUCACUUCCUCCAGAAUCGGAUGACUUCCGCCAGCCUCGAAGACACACACAUUGUGCUCAUUGUCUGUCUCAUCUUACUCACUUUUGACAUCAUCGAAGGACGCUAUCGCGAAGCUUUAGUUCAUUUGAAUCAUGGCCGCCGGAUUCUAAAGCGGCUCCACGGGGCAGCACCGGUUGAUAAGACCAUGAUUAAACUGUUACUCCCUCAACAGGCGCUCACUACUCUCGACGAAAUUUCUUAUUCCUUCGCUCUGAUGGAUCUACAGUCAGUCUAUUUUGACAGUGAAUUGCAAUUCAAGCUCGUCGACAAUCUAGAUGUCGGUGGCACAGACUUACCGCGUAUACCGCCGUCCUUUAACACUUUUGAUGAUGCCUGGCGCAUGAUGCUACUUCUUUUCAACGAAUCCUGCCAGCUGGCUGCUGCCAUAACUCGCACGGGCCCCGAGGAAUCCGCUGAGCACUCGACGCUAGUGAUGUGGCAAGGAAAGCUCCUCGCAGCGUUAAGGCAGUGGAAGGCUGCAUUUGACAGCAGUCCGUUCCGAACCAUACCACGCGCAUCGCCCACACCUCUUGGGGACGAGCGGUGGAUUUCGCUGCGAAUUAGUCAUCUCUACCUGACCAUCGUUGUGCGCAUCAGCCUCACCCGUCACAACAACAACAUGGUUUUCGAUCCGCUGCUGCCCUACUUCUCCUCGCUGGUCUCGCUGUGUGAAGACUUGGUCCCAAGACUGCCUGCCAUCAGCCUCGAUUCUCGAGUGAUCGAGCCGCUGUAUACUACAGGCUGCCUGUGCCGCCACCCGGGGCUUCGACGCAGUGCACUUCGAGUGUUGGAAAAGGCCGGCAGAGAAGGUCACUGGGACAGCAAAAUGAUCAGUGUAGUGUUGCGUGAAAAGAUGAUGUUGGAGGAAGAAGGCGCGCAAUAUGCGUAUGAUCCUGGUACCCCAAUUACAGAAGACCCAGGCGCUCUGGCUCUCAUCAUCCCGAAGCAUGCGCGUUGGUCCGAGACACAUGCGCACUUUCUCUCAGACGACUAUAAGCAGCUAGAGUUGCAGUUCAGGAGGAAAUCUAACAACCCUCAAACCUCCCUGUCCGGUGACGAUUGCUACGAGGUCUUCAAGAAGAUUGUGCGGCUCGAUUAG